AUGACCACCCAACUGUACCCUGACGAUUACUUCGGAGGGAGGAAACCAGUCGACCAGGAAGGUGAGCGCAGAUGGCUCAUCAAUGAAAUCAUAAAACCGGAGCUACCGAAUAUUAUAGACAAUGUUGAUAAAUGCUUGGAAUUGUUAACAAGCCAAGUAAAUUUCAAGAUGCCCAUAAGUAAUGGAGCUCCUAGUGAACCAAAUGCCGCUUACGUACGAGGAGUUUUGACUAGAAAGGGUGGUUUCGUCAUAGACUUCCAAGUUAUGGUAAAAUUUAAGCACUUUAAUCGCGGAAAGCAGAUCGUCUUUAAGAUGGACACUACGAACCCUUUUCCACUUGAGCAAAUUGCCAUAAUCACAACUAACCUAAGGAUUGUUUCAGAGUUGCUGGAUGUGCUCCAGCAAUGCGCUGAAGUGGAUAAGUUCGUUGAAGACCUUGGCAAAGUUGUGGAUUUGCUGGCCAGUUCCAUAAAGCUGUUACAAUUUCCACCUCAAGAUUUGUUGUUCCCGUUCAAUCGAAAUGCAGUGCUAAAGCAAAUGUUUGCUCAUUCUGAAGUGCCAUUUCAAACCGCCCAUCAUGUUUUGAAUAUGGACCUCGUUAUUUUAAAGAAUGAAAUUAGCAUGGACUUUCGCAAUUUGCAGAAAAUCUUGACUAAGCCUUGGUGCGAAUAUAAUCCGCAUACAGGGAAAACAUUUGCAGACCUGGUGCGGGACAAGCUGAAGUUGCAACGGGGCAAAAGUUUGAAGGAAAUUUUAACAGAUGAAGGUUUACAAGUUGAGGAGCCUUCAUUAUUCCGGAAUGUUUUCCCACACAAAAACGGUCAUAUGUGCACAUCUCUAGAAGAGGCGCAAAGUGUGCUGGUACGUUGCAUAACAUUUGAGUCGGGCCUGGUGUCUGAAUGCGAAAAGGUGUCGAUAUCAACUAGCGAUCCGAGCUUAAUAAGCAUUACCUCGAAACUCAGUGGGCUCGAAAACUGCGUAAGCAAUUAUUUCAGCAAUAUCACACUAAUAUAA